GAUGGCUGAUGGUUUUCUACAGUUAGCUGAUGCCCGCCUGGUGCUCCUCUUAUCGUCUUUGCGGAGGUGGUUUUCGGGUUUAGGUGCAGGUGGUGUUGAUCCUGGGCCGUGUGCUGGAUUGUGGCUGCGUCGUGGCCUGGUGCUAAGUGGGGAUUAUGGCUAGAGCUGCAGGCAUUGGAGUAGCGGCGGGGGUAUCGACCUCGGCGGCUCUCGCGUCGUUGCUUGUUCCGUCUGUUGCGUCUCACUCCCUUGAUGGCAGCGUUCAGAGAGCGCAGCUUCGGCCGCUUCACUUGCGGUUUCUUCUGUCGGCCAAUUGUUGUUUGUCUCGGCAGAGAAUGUCGAAAUUGCAGAGUUUCGCUCCAUCGGGUCUCUAUAGCCCCUCUGAUUCGCCGGCGUAUCUGAAUUCUGCUCUUUCUCGGACUUCGGGGCCUUUACAAUUAGGUCUGUCAUUUUCGCAAGGAUCGGCUCGGCCUGAAAUUAAUCGGCAGGUGUGUGGAGCUGCGAGGGGCAUGGCAGCAGGUUCGGGGAGCGACCUGGAAUUAUGGAUCAAGAAGAAGAAUUCCUCUGAACCUGUGGUCGUAUAUUCCAAAACUUAUUGCCCGUAUUGCAUGCGCGUGAAGAAGCUUUUUAGCACUCUGGGCUACGAUUUUGAAGUAAUUGAACUUGAUGCAGGCGGGCAACUUGGUUUACAAGAUGCGUUGGAGCGAGUUAGUGGGCAAUACACUGUUCCGAACGUUUUCAUUGGUGGGAAACAUAUUGGUGGCUGUGAUGACACGGUGGCCUUGCAUUCUAAAGGCCAGCUGGAGCCCUUGCUUCAGGCAGCUGGUGCAAACAGGAGUUGACAGGUGGAUUAUUUUUGGCGGUUUUUCUUUUUGGAACUGUGAGUCUUCGGUGAAUACGUUUUCGUAUGCCAUCACAUACGGAACUAUUAUUCAAGAAGCUUGGAAGGGUGUCAUAAUUCUCCUUUGUGUGCGCCUUUACUCUCGGUGCGACGAGUUAAUUAGCUGUCCAUAUACCUGAGUCCUCAUUUCAUGUUAUUCAUCCGAUAUGUAUCAUCUUGUCCGUUAUUAUUCCUUUUUUGUGCUGAUGGAUUAAUUUUCUUAUUUUAUUUCGUAUGCUUCUUCAGAUUUGUAUUGUUUAGAACUGACACAGUUCAGAAUGACAUAUACUGUAGAAUCUACAGUCAAAGAUGAUUUUCCUUUCUUAUUUUUUAGAGUCGCUGAACAGUGGGUUCUUGUAUGCUAUAGUAGGACGUCUUAGUUGUGUAGAUGUCGUUUCCAGGUCAAGGAAAUUCAGUAAAUCUGAGGAAGAACUUUUGGCAUUUAUGUUCUAAAAAAGGGAAGAGCAUGAACUUGUUAGCUCAAUGAUCACAUUA